AUGAAACGUUCCAUAAUUGUAUUACAUGUACAUCAAUACAGUGCAACACGUGCUCAAACGGAUUUUUUGUUGACCAGACUGUUUGUAGAGAAUGUAGAUCGAAGUACACAAAUUGCAUUGUAUGUGAUGGAUCAAAAUGGGUUUUAUAUCGAUAGUAAUGUUUGUAAACCAUGUAAUUCCCUGUUUGAUAAUUGCAUAUCUUGUGACGUAUCAAAGUGUUCUGUAUGUAAUAAAAACUCGUUUAUAGAAAAUGGAAUUUGUACUUUAUGCUCGACUAAAUUUACUUUGUGCGAUAGAUGCAACAUCACAACAUGUCAUUCUUGUUCAAGUGGUUCUAUUUUGGACAAUGGUAUCUGUUCAACAUGUGAAACAAAACAUACAAAUUGUGAAGUGUGUGAUGAAACGGAUUGUUAUAAGUGCAAAACUGGACUCUUUUUACGUGAUGGGAAAUGCCUUAGCUGUGGUGAUAUCUAUGACAAUUGUACAAAGUGUGAUGAGACAAGAUGUUUGGAAUGUAUGGACCACUUUUAUUUGUCGAAUUACAAUUGUAAUGGUUGUGAAUCAAAUUGUGAUAUUUGUUACUCCGAAUCAACUUGUUCCAAAUGUUUUGAAGGAUAUUAUUAUAAGGAAGAUGACAAGACGUGUUCAUUGUGUGACACAAAAGGAUACUACAUAGACAGUAAAAGUUGUAAUAAGUGCAGUGCAACAUGCAUCGAUUGUUUGUCUCAAACAAAAUGUGUGUCGUGCAUCGAGGGGUAUUAUCUCGAAAAUACCACGUCAGAAGAAAUGACAGAAUUUUUUGGAAGAUGUACAGACUGUUCAACACGUGGUUGUACAACAUGCAAUUCAACAUCGUGUAUAACAUGUGAAAUCAAUAAAUACAUUGAUGAAGGUGGGUUGUGUUCUGUGUGUAAACCCGAUAAUGACAAAUGUAUUUCAUGCUUCGUUGAUGAAAACCGAAACAAAAAAUGUGAGAAAUGCAAACCGGGAUUUUGGAUAGAAGAUUUCGAAUGUGUGACUUGUGAAACGUGUGGAAGCAAUGGGUGCUCGAACAAAACGAACGGACUUUGUUUCAACUGUUUAUCUCCAAAUGAAGUUUUGAUUGAGGGUAUUUGCCAAAUUGAUGAAAAUUGUGUCUCCAUUGAACCCAAGACGAGUGCCUGUAUAGCAUGUGAUUCAGAUUUUGUUUUGAUAGGUAAAAGGUGUGUCAAAACACAACAAAAUAUAACAGAAGAACUAAUCCACUUCGAAGGAAAUUAUUUUACAAAAGAGGAGUUUCAUUGCAAAGAAGUAUCUGAUUCGAAUUGUGUUUUGUGUUUGGAAGAAUAUUACUUAAAAGACCUACAAUGUCUCAAAUGUGAUGAAAUACUUACAAAUUGCAUAAAAUGUGGACUUUUGAAUUACUCAAAUUACAACGAAGUUUAUUGUGAUGUUUGUUCCAUUGGGUAUUUCCCGGAAGCUGUUUGUAAGAAUUGUUCGGAAAUUAAUGGGUGUGAUCUUUGUGUCAACUACCUUGAAAAUGAUAUAUCUUCACGAAAGUGCACAAAGUGCCUUGAUGGGUAUAAGUUGUCCAAUUACACAUGCAAAGAAAUAUCGCAUUGUGUAAUUGGUGUUGGUGAGAGCUGUGUCAAAUGCGAAAGAAAUUUCUUGGUAUCAUCUGGGGAAUGUGCGCCAUGUGGAGAUGUCGUGGAAGGUUGUGUGGAAAGUCUUUCAAAUCAGUGCACUAAAUGUGACGAUUUGUAUUAUUUGAACUCCGACUUUAUGUGUGCAAAAUGUGGUAUCUCAAAUUGCAAGAAAUGUGAUGCCACACAAUGUGUUGAGUGUUUGACAAAUUACACACAAAGCUUAGACUAUUCUGCAUGUCUUCCAUGUGAUGAUAUUCCAAAUUGCCAGAACUGUGACAAUAAAAUUCCAAUGAAAUGUAAUCUGUGUUCUCAAAAUGCGUAUUUCAAAACGUCAGACACUUGUGAAAAGUGCACUUCAAUACCAAAGUGUGUUGUGUACAUUUGUCAUAAAUGCAACGAAAUUGAUGGAUGUCUUGAAUGUACAGCAACAAAGAAAUCUUGCACAAAAUGUAAUGAGACGUUUUUCUUGGAAAAUGGAAAAUGUGUGAAGUUCAAAGACUCUUUUGCAAAUUCGGUGUUGUGCGACCAAUUACAAUUGGUGACGUGUGAAAAGGGGUAUUUUAUCAAAAAGAAUCGCUGUGUUGGAUGCAAUUCCAUAUUUGGUUGUGUUGAAUGUGAUAAUGGAAUAAGUUGCACCAAAUGCCAAGAUGGGCUCAAUUUGUUUGAUAAUAGUGGGAUUGAUGAGUGUUCAUUGAAUUGUGGCAUUUCACAUUGCACUAAAUGUGCAUCUUCAUCAUUGUGUAAUAAGUGUGAUGCGCCUUAUGUGCCUGACGGAGGGAGAUGUGUGUACUGUUGGGACAAACAUCCACAUUGUGCAGAAUGUGACUCACAGAGUGGACAGUGCACAUUAUGUGAACUUGGACAAUACAAUUUAGUAGAUAAUAGGUGUGUUGAGAAUGAAAUCAAUAAUAUGUUGAUGACAAAAAGUGCACUCAAUUGUUUAGAAGAUGAAGUUGAAAAUGUCGAAGGUACUUCUUGUGUAAAAAUUAAGAUUUACGAAUACAAGAAAAGCUCAACCGAAGCUGCGAAUUGUUCCUCUGCUAUUUACAAAUGUUACCAAUGCAAUUUCACGGCACUUGGAGAUAAUAAACGAUUGGAGUGUUUGUUGUGUAAAACCGGCUAUGGCUUUGAAUCUUUAGAACACAAGAAAUGUGUCAAAACAACCAAUUUAGUUGACUUGAAUGGAUUUAUUAUUUAUUGUAAAGAAGGAUGUUUAACAUGUACCAACUCUUUGAGUUGUUUAUACUCAAAAGUGUUUGCGUUUACAACAAGGUAUGAAUAUGAGUAUAUUUACAACAAUCAUGAAUUUUGCCAGAAGUAUUCGGUUGGGUUUGGGUGUGUCGAGUGCCUAAAUUCGAUUAAUCAAAAAGGGAUUUGUGAUUUGAAUGAGAGAAGCAAAUACUGUUCAUUCACUUUAGAAAAAAAUAACACAUUUAAAUGUUUUGAUUAUAAUGAAAUUCUUAAACAGCAAAAAUUAUUGUUUAAUAACUACAAAAUGAUGUUUUAUAAUUAUAUUUCUUCAAUUCCAAAAAGUGAAGAAACCAAUUGUGAUGUAUAUACAAUGGGAAGGUGUGUAUCGUGUAAACAAAGCUUUUAUUUAACACAGGAAUCUCCUCCAAAAUGCUUACCAUGCUCACCAAAUUGUGAAAUGUGUGAUUCUACUGGAAAGUGUCUUACCUGUUACAAAGGGUACUAUAUUGAAAACGAAGAGUGUGUUGAAAUCGAACAUUGUGCUAAAAAGACGGUUGGUGGGUGUUCGUUAUGUUUAAGUGGAUAUUUCCUGAAAGAUGGGAAAUGCCACCCACUCUCAGAGAGCAACUGUACUUCUUAUACAAUCACAAAUACCACCGAAUUGAUAUGUACAAGAUGCAAAGAAGAGUAUGUUUUAUUGGACACAAAAUGUGUUGAAAAAUCAGAAGAAUUUUGCAGUGAGGUUGAUUCGUAUACGUCGCAGUGUAUAGUCUGUAAUAUUGAAUACACACUGAACGAAUAUAAAAGGUGUGUUGCAAUUGAUAAAAAUGAGUGUAUUCACUCAUCUCAGUAUAAUUGCUUGCAAUGUAAAAAUUUUUUUUCGUUGGUCAAAGACGAGAACGGAGAUGAACAGUGUUCAAUUUCCGAGUCGAGUAGGUAUUGUCUUGAAAAUGGAGAAACGGGUUGUACCAAGUGUUAUGAGGGUACUUUGUUGAUGGUAAAAAGUGUUCUCUAUGUGAUCAAAAAUGCAAACAAUGUUCCACAAGUGCUACAAGUUGUAUCUCAUGUAAGUUUGGGUAUUACAACGACUCAAAUGACGUUCCUUCCGAGUGGUGAAAAGUGUGCAAUCUGUAAAGAUGGCUUUGUUGUUAAAAAUGCCGAUUGUAUCAAAUGUGUAGACAAAUGUAUGACAUGUGCAAAUAGUUUCUCGCAAUGCAUUCAAUGCAACACCAAUGGUGGGUAUUACGAAGACGUUGAGUUCUCAACGGCUUAUGAAAAAGAGUGUUUAGCCAGCACGAAUCUCACCAAUUGUAUUACUCAAAGCGAAGUAGGAUGUUUGCUUUGUCAAAAUGGAUAUUACACCAAUGAAUAUAACAAGUGCACAAAAUGUGGAGACACCUGUGAACUGUGUACAAGAGCAAAUUUUUGUCAAAAAUGUGUUGAUAAUUAUGUAUUACAAGUUAACACAAAACAGUGCAUCUUGUGGUCCAAUAUAGAAAAUUGUGCGUCAUAUAACUCUUCAACAAGAAAGUGUUCAAAGUGUUCUAGGAGUCGUACAGUGAGUGAGAAUGGAGAUGAAUGUAUUCCAGUUACAAACAUUGUUGCAAUUGUUCUUCCGAUAGUUUUUGUGGUGAUAUUCAUUGUUCUAAUCGUUGUUAUUUUUGCACUCAUUGGGUUCUAUAUCCGUAACAAGAAGCUUGAGAAUAAGAGAAAAGAGUUGGUAAAUGAAACAUUGAUCUCAGAUGCAAAGAGCCACAACAUCACAUUCUUCAGACUUGGUGAUGAAGACUCUUCAGUGGUUUCAUCGACAAAUAAACUAUAUUAUGAGUCUGAGAUCACAGUCAAAAAGCCAACAUCUUUGGUCUUUUUGAUUGGCAACGAAAAGAAGAGAAAAUUGAAGUUCCAGUUUACAACAAAAGACCAUGAAGGAAAGUACGAAGUCGACGUCAAACCACAAUUAGUGACAAUCAAAAAAGGACGGGCUGUUGAAUUUACUGUUUCUGUCACUCCAUUGUGUACAUGUGAAGCAGAUUUCGAUGUGAUAUUGACUGUUUUAGAUAUGCGAAAGGGGGAGUCGACUGAAAUCAAGAUACCAUGUUCCUUUGCAUCUGAAACAUCAACUGCACUUGACCCAGACGAAUUACAUAAAGAAAAUAAAUUAGGUGAAGGUGGAUUUGGUAUAGUUUACAAAGGCACCUUUCGAACGAAUGUUGUUGCUAUCAAAGAAAUGAAACAAAUGAGUAAAGAUAGCAUGGAAGAGUUUGAAAAGGAAGUUGCGAUGUUGGACAAAUUUAGAAGUGAGUAUGUCGUCCACUUCUAUGGUGCUGUCUUCAUCCCAAGUAAGGUGUGUAUGGUCACUGAAUUUGCUAAAUUUGGAAGCUUUCUUGACUUGAUCAAAAAGAGAAAGAACGACCCAAUUGACUUUAAAAUGCGAGUGAAGAUAACAUUGGAUUCUGCAAAGGGUUUAGAGUAUUUACACAACAAUGGUAUAUUACAUAGAGAUGUCAAACCAGAUAACACUCUCGUUGUGUCUUUGAAUAAAGAAGACGCCGUUAAUGGCAAAUUGACUGACUUUGGAGCGUCAAGGAACAUCAACAGUCUUUUAAGUAACAUGACAUUCACUAAAGGUAUUGGAACACCAGUGUAUAUGGCGCCUGAAGUAAUGAACCAAGAGAAGUACACAUUCCCUGCCGAUGUGUAUUCAUUUGCUAUUGGCAUGUUGGAGGGAAUCAGUUGGAAAGACCCGUAUCCAAUUCAAAAGUUCAAAUUUCCAUGGAGCAUUUCUCAGUGGAUGAUGGAAGGAAAACGCCCAGAAAUAUUAGUUGAUAACGAAGAUUUAAUUAAUCUAAUCGAACAAUCGUGGAAACAAAACCCAAUCGAUCGACUUGAUAUCAAAGAAAUAGUUCAAGAGCUUCAAAAGAUACACAACUCUUUGAAUUAA